UCCCGAGGCUCCUCCGCGCCGCGCCCGGGCGCACACGCGCGCUCUGACCGCCGACCGCUCCCGGGCCCCGCGGAGCCGCCCCUCUCCCGGCCCUCGCGCAACUGUCAGGCGAAACGGGCCGGCGGAUAUUGGCUCGGCGACACGCCGAGGCUCCUCCCCGAGUCUGGAUCUUUAUAUUUUGGGAGAAUUUCUUUGAACUCAGUUACCAAGCUCGGUGAAGGAGACAAGUUCCCACCGCCGGCUCGGCUGGGCUCGGCUCGCCCAGCCCACCUUCCCGCGGCGGCCGCGAGCCCCGCUCGUAUCCCUCCCUGCCCUCGUGGGGGAGCACGGACCGACUUGCCUGAAGAAAAUGCCAGUGCUGUGGUUGUGACCGUGACAAGAGAACGUGCGGCUGGAGCAGGCAGACGGCGAUGAGGAAAAGCAUGCUUUGAAGAGAAGAAUAAACCCGCGACCCCAACCCUUUCUGCACGUUGGUGCUAUUACUUGUGGGGUCCGUUUGCUCUCGCUCCCUCCCGCCCCACCGCGGAAGAAACCUUGCCUUGAGGGCUGAGAGCCAGCCCCCUGCAGCCGGGCGACGCUUCUGGGUCGGAGGACCUUCGGAUACUCUCCUCUGGAAAAGCCACCAUGAAUUCGGUAGCUGGGAAUAAAGAGAGGCUUGCGGUCUCCACCAGGGGCAAGAAAUACGGGGUGAAUGAAGUCUGCUCGCCCACCAAGCCCGCAGCGCCCUUCUCCCCGGAAAGCUGGUACCGCAAAGCAUACGAGGAGUCGCGCGCCGGGAGCCGGCCCACUCCUGAGGGCGCGGGCUCAGCGCUCGGCUCCUCGGGGACCCCGUCUCCCGGCUCGGGCACCUCGUCCCCGAGCUCCUUCACCGGCUCCCCGGGACCCGCCUCCCCCGGCAUCGGCACUAGUUCGCCGGGUUCCCUGGGCGGCUCGCCCGGCUUCGGCACCGGCUCCCCGGGCUCCGGCAGCGGCGGCGGCUCCUCCCCCGGCUCGGACCGCGGCGUCUGGUGCGAGAACUGCAACGCCCGCCUGGUGGAGCUCAAGAGGCAGGCCCUGAAGCUGCUCCUCCCGGGGCCCUUCCCGGGCAAGGACCCUGCUUUCUCGGCUGUGAUUCACGACAAACUCCAGGUCCCCAACACCAUCCGGAAGGCAUGGAAUGACCGGGACAACCGCUGUGACAUUUGUGCCACUCACCUGAACCAGCUGAAGCAGGAGGCCAUCCAGAUGGUGCUGGCCUUGGAGCAGGCAGCUGGCAGUGAGCACUACGACGCCUCGCCCGGCUCCCCGCCACCGCUCUCCAACAUCCCCACCCUGGUGGGGUCCCGGCACGUGGGUGGGCUCCAGCAGCCCAGGGACUGGGCCUUUGUGCCUGCCCCCUAUGCCACCUCCAACUACACAGGCUUCGUCAACAAGCACAGCAGCAAACCCAGCAGCCUUGGGGUCAGCAAUGGGGCGGAAAAGAAGAGUGGAUCCCCAACCCACCAGGCCAAGGUCAGCCUCCAGAUGGCCACCAGUCCAAGCAAUGGGAACAUCCUCAAUUCGGUGGCCAUCCAGGCUCACCAGUACCUGGACGGCACCUGGUCCCUGUCGAGAACCAACGGGGUCACCCUGUACCCAUACCAGAUCUCCCAGCUGAUGACAGAGAGUGGCCGGGAGGGACUGACAGAAGCAGCGCUGAACCGCUACAAUGCAGACAAGCCUUCCGCCUGCAGCGUCCCAGCCUCCCAGGGCUCCUGCGUGGCCAGCGAGACUUCCACAGGCGCGUCGGUGGCCGCCUCCUUCUUUGCACGAGCUGCCCAGAAGUUAAAUCUGUCUUCUAAAAAGAAGAAACAUCGGCCCACUUCUUCCGCUGCCGAACCACCGCUCUUUGCCACCAGUUUCAGUGGGAUUCUGCAGACCUCCCCUCCCCCAGCCCCGCCCUGUCUGCUGAGGGCUGUCAACAAGGUGAAGGACACCCCGGGGCUGGGCAAGGUGAAGGUCAUGCUUCGCAUCUGUUCCACCUUGGCUCGAGAUACCUCAGAAUCCAGCUCUUUCUUAAAGGUGGACCCACGAAAGAAGCAGAUCACCUUGUACGAUCCCCUGACUUGUGGAGGUCAAAAUGCCUUCCAAAAGAGAGGCAACCAGGUUCCUCCAAAGAUGUUUGCCUUCGAUGCAGUUUUUCCCCAAGACGCCUCCCAGGCUGAAGUGUGUGCAGGCACCGUGGCAGAGGUGAUCCAGUCUGUGGUCAACGGGGCGGAUGGCUGCGUGUUCUGUUUCGGCCACGCCAAGCUGGGAAAAUCCUACACCAUGAUCGGAAAGGACGAUUCCAUGCAGAACCUGGGCAUCAUUCCCUGUGCCAUCUCUUGGCUCUUCAAGCUCAUAAACGAACGCAAGGAAAAGACCGGCGCCCGUUUCUCAGUCCGGGUUUCGGCCGUGGAGGUGUGGGGGAAGGAGGAGAACCUGCGGGACCUGCUGUCGGAGGUGGCCACGGGCAGCCUGCAGGACGGCCAGUCCCCAGGCGUGUACCUCUGCGAGGACCCCAUCUGCGGCACGCAGUUGCAGAACCAGAGCGAGCUGCGGGCCCCCACCGCAGAGAAGGCUGCCUUCUUCCUGGACGCCGCCAUUGCCUCCCGCAGGAGCCACCAACAGGACUGCGAUGAGGACGACCCCCGCAACUCACACGUGUUCUUCACACUGCACAUCUACCAGUACCGGAUGGAGAAGAGCGGGAAAGGGGGAAUGUCUGGAGGUCGCAGCCGCCUGCAUCUCAUUGAUCUCGGCAGCUGUGUGAAAGCUCUUAGCAAAAAUCGAGAAGGAGGCUCGGGACUGUGCCUCUCGCUGUCUGCUCUGGGCAAUGUCAUCCUGGCUCUCGUCAAUGGCAGCAAACACAUUCCAUACAAAGAGAGCAAGCUCGCCAUGUUGCUGCGGGAGUCUCUGGGGAACAUGAACUGCCGUACCACCAUGAUCGCACACAUCUCGGCCGCGGCCGGGAGCUACGCAGAGACCCUGUCCACCAUCCAGAUUGCAUCGCGAGUCUUGAGGAUGAAGAAAAAGAAGACGAAGUACACAUCCAGCUCCUCCGGCGGGGAGAGCUCCUGUGAAGAAGGCCGCAUGCGCAGGCCCACCCAGCUGAGACCCUUCCACACCAGGGCCACGGUGGACCCCGACUUCCCCAUCGCUCACCUGUCCAGCGACCCCGACUACUCCUCCAGCAGCGAGCAGUCCUGCGACACCGUCAUCUACAUCGGGCCCAACGGCACGGCCCUCUCUGACAAGGAGCUCACCGACAACGAGGGACCCCCAGACUUUGUCCCUAUCGUGCCAGCCCUGCAGAAGACCCGGGGCGACAGCCGGCCUGCAGAGGGAGGAGAGCCUGCAGCCAGCAAGUCAGAAAGGGACUGCCUGAAGUGCAACACGUUCGCUGAGCUGCAGGAGAGGCUGGACUGCAUCGACGGCAGCGAGGAGCCCAGCAGGUUUUCUUUUGAAGAACUGCCUGCUCAGUGUGGGCCGGAGCAGGCAAGCAGAGGCCCCCCGUUAAGCCAAGCAGCUGGGGCAAGCCCACUCUCUGAGUCUGAUAAGGAAGAUAAUGGGUCCGAAGGUCAGCGGACCGACAGAGAAGGCCCAGAAAUCCCAGCCUCCAAGAUGCAGAGGAGUCACUCACCUGUGCCCACCACAGCACCCGCCCAUAGCCCCAGCCCGGCCUCGCCCAGGAGCAUCCCAGGCAGCAGCAGCCAGCAGAGCGCCUCUCCGCUCGUGCAGAGCCGCAGCCUCCAGAGCAGCCGGGAGAGCCUGAACUCCUGCGGCUUCGUGGAAGGCAAACCCAGGCCCAUGGGCUCCCCCAGGCUGGGCAUCGCCAGCCUGUCCAAGACCUCGGAGUACAAGCCACCCGGCUCUCCUUCCCAGAGAUGCAAAGUCUACACCCAGAAGGGGGUCCUACCAUCUCCCGCCCCGCUGCCUUCCUCGGGCAAGGAUUCUGGCGUGGCGUCUAGUGAGUCCUUGCUGCAGCCCGAGGUGCGUACGCCCCCGGUUGGAAUGAGCCCCCAGGUUUUGAAAAAAUCCAUGUCUGCUGGGAGCGAAGGGUUCCCGGAAACUCCUGUCGAUGAUGAGCAGCAGGCAGCUACCCCUCCAGAGUCCAAGAAGGAGAUCCUGAGCACCACGAUGGUGACGGUGCAGCAGCCGCUGGAGCUGAACGGUGAGGACGAGCUGGUGUUCACGCUGGUGGAGGAGCUGACCAUCAGCGGGGUCCUGGACAGCGGCCGCCCCGCCAGCAUCAUCAGCUUCAACAGCGACUGCUCUGUGCAGGCCCUGGCCUCGGGCUCGCGGCCCGUCAGCAUCAUCAGCAGCAUCAGCGAGGACCUGGAGUGCUACUCCGGCAUGGCCCCCGUCUCCGAGGUCAGCAUCACACAGUUCUUGCCCCUCCCGAAGAUGAGCCUGGAGGAGAAGGCCCAGGAGGCAGGGAGCAGACGCUCUUCCAUCAGCUCCUGGCUGAGCGAGAUGAGUGCGGGCAGUGAGGGGGAGCAGUCGUGCCACAGUUUCAUAGCCCAGACGUGUUUUGGGCACGGGGAGGCAAUGGCAGAACCCGCGUCCUCGGAGUUCGUCAGCGGCAUCCAGAACACCGCUGUGGUGUGCAGAGAGAGGCCCAAGGCCAGCCCCGACAACUUGCUCAUCCCGUCUGUGACGGGAGAUGACUCUUUCAACAAAGCAACCCUCAUCAAAGGCUGCAAAAUAUCCACCCUGGGCAAGGCCAUGGUCACCAUCUCCAACACGGCGAAUCUGAGCAGCUGCGAGGGGUACAUCCCCAUGAAGACCAACAUCACGGUUUACCCCUGCAUUGCCGUGAGUCCCCGGAACGUCCAAGAGCCCGAGGCCCCCACUGCCACCCCCAAAGCAGGCCCCACAUUAGCCCAGUCCCAGGAGAGUAAGGAAAACAGUAGCAAGAAAGAGAUGACAUUUGAGGACCCCUGGCUGAAAAGAGAAGAGGAAGUAAAAAAAGAGAAUGCUCAUCCCAGCGAAGAAGGGAUUAGGUGUGAGACUGCCACGGGCCCCUCGAACGCGGAGACCAGAGCUGAGCAGGAGCAGGACAGAAAGCCCAGCCCGGGCGACAGGCUCAGCAGCAGCAGCGGGGAGGUGUCGGCCUCCCCCGUCACUGACAACUUCAGGAGGGUCGUGGACGGGUGUGAGAUGGCCCUGCCUGGUUUGGCCACCCAGAGCCCCAUGCAUCCCAACAAAAGCGUCAAGUCCAGCAGCCUUCCCAGGGCGUUUCAGAAGGCCAGCCGGCAGGAGGAGCCCGACAGCCUCUUCUACUACUGCGCUGCCGAGACCAACGGGGUGGGUGCAGCCUCGGGCGCCCAGCCCUCCAAGGCUACCCUGGAGAGGAAGGUGGCUUCCCCCAAGCACUGUGUCCUGGCUCGGCCCAAAGGGACUCCCCCGUUGCCCCCUGUCCGAAAGUCCAGCCUGGACCAGAAGAACCGGGCCAGCCCUCAGCACAGUGCCAGCAGCAGCGGCACCAGCAGCCCCCUGAACCAACCAGCCGCCUUCCUGGCGGGCCUCCCAGAUGAGCCUGGCGGCAAGACGAAGGACGCCAGCAGCAGCAGCAGCAAGCUCUUCAGUGCCAAGCUGGAGCAGCUGGCCAGCAGAACCAACUCGCUGGGCAGGGCGACGGUCAGCCACUACGAAUGCCUCUCCCUGGAGCGGGCCGAGAGCCUGUCCUCCGUGAGCUCCCGGCUGCACGCAGGCAAGGACAGCACCAUGCCCCGCGCGGGGAGGAGCCUGGGCCGCAGCGCCGGGACCUCGCCCCCCAGCUCGGGGGCCUCCCCCAAGGCCAGCCAGUCCAAGAUCUCCGCCGUGAGCAAGCUCCUCCUGACCAGCCCCAAGGCGCGCAGCCUGUCCACCUCCACCACCAAAACCCUCAGCUUCUCCACCAAGUCCCUGCCGCAGGCGGUGGGCCAGAGCUCCAGCUUGCCCCCCGGCGGGAAGCACAUGUCCUGGUCCACGCAGUCCCUCAGCAGGAACCGGAGCUCAGGCCUGGCCUCCAAGCUUCCUCUGCGGGCCGUCAAUGGGCGCAUCUCGGAGCUGCUACAGGGUAGCGCGGGCGCCCGGGGCUUGCAGCUGCGGGCCGGGGCCGGGGCCGAGGCCGAGGAGCGCGGGGCGGCCCUGGCUGAGGACAAGCCCGCGGCCGCGCACCUGCUCCCGUCGCCCUACAGCAAGAUCACGCCCCCGCGGAGGCCCCACCGCUGCAGCAGCGGCCACGGCAGCGACAACAGCAGCGUGCUGAGCGGGGAGCUCCCGCCGGCCAUGGGGAAGACGGCCCUGUUCUACCACAGCGGCGGCAGCAGCGGCUACGAGAGCAUGAUGCGGGACAGCGAGGCCACCGGCAGCGCGUCCUCGGCGCAGGACUCCACGAGCGAGAACAGCAGCUCCGUGGGCGGCAGGUGCCGGAGCCUCAAGGCUCCGAAGAAACGUUCCAAUCCAGGUUCUCAGAGACGGAGGCUUAUCCCAGCACUAUCCCUGGACACCUCUUCCCCUGUGAGAAAACCCACCAACAGCACAGGCGUCCGCUGGGUGGACGGCCCCCUGCGGAGCAGCCAGAGGGGCCUUGGGGAACCCUUUGAGAUUAAAGUCUAUGAAAUCGAUGACGUGGAGCGCCUGCAGCGGCGACGAGGGGGCGCCAGCAAGGAGGUCAUGUGCUUCAACGCCAAGCUGAAAAUUCUGGAACACCGCCAGCAGAGGAUCGCCGAGGUCCGCGCCAAGUACGAGUGGCUGAUGAAGGAGCUGGAGGCGACCAAACAGUACCUGAUGCUGGAUCCCAACAAGUGGCUCAGUGAAUUUGACUUGGAGCAGGUUUGGGAGCUGGAUUCCCUGGAGUACCUGGAGGCCCUGGAGUGUGUGACGGAGCGCCUGGAGAGCCGUGUCAACUUCUGCAAGGCCCAUCUCAUGAUGAUCACCUGCUUCGACAUCACCUCCAGGCGCCGGUAGAGGAGCCAGCCCCUUGUCCUAGCGGUUCCCCGCUCCCCAGGACUUCAGAGACGGUGCACGCCCCUAGGCCCUCUGUGCCGGGGCAUCAAAGACAAUGAAUGAGGAUGAAGGUUGGUGGCAAGUCUGGAGCGAGCGUUGAGCAGAAGGCGAGUUUUCUUUUGUUUUCUGUAGGAAAGGCGCAAACGCCAAACACCCAUGGAAGGAGAAAAGGAUGGGAAGCCCGAGGGGUGUCAGCCCUGCGAGACUGAAAAAGCACUUUGAGGAACCUUACCUUGUUUGUACAUAAGAACUGCUAGCGAAAGAGACCUCACUCUUCUCUUGCUUUCGUGAGAGAGGAGCGGGGUGGAUGUAGGAUUGCUGUGGAAAGCGAACACAACAACAAAAAGACCCAGAAUGACUGAUUAAGUGCCUUGCAAACCUUUAUUAUUAUCCAAACAUUUAUGUUCAUACUUUCUUGUGUACAGAUGGUGCUAGUCAAGAUGAAAACAACAAAACAAAAACAUUUUGGAAAUGUAUUCACAGCUCGUUUUCUCUUGGUGUUUUAUCCUAUUUCUGACUUGCUGUUUCUAAGUAAGUUGUGUUUGUAGAGCUAUUUCCUAAUCAGUAUUGCUUAUGAAUAAAUGUUACCUGUCUUUUAUGGUUAUUCUGGUGAGGCCACUCAAACAGAACAGAGAGGCUUCCUCGGCACGAGCCAGUGUGUGUGUUUCCAAAGUAGGUUUGGAGCAGCAGGUGACCUCGAUGCCACAUCCCAACAAGCAGCGUGGUCAGGGCAGACCCAGAAGGUUGAUUGUGGGGCAGGUGCUUUAGAGAACAGGCGAGGAGCCGGACGGCCAGCAUCGGGGAGGAGUCCUUUGCGACCUGGGUCCUCCCUGCUCCUGGGAGGUGGGCUGUGUGUUCUGUAGACAGUUUGCCCCCCUCAAGUCCUCACACACAUACGGUUCCUUGACCCACAAAUCCACAGUUUGCCUGGCCCUCAAAAUUCGUAUUCAUUUUUAUUCCAAAGACUUGAAGGAAAGCUGGAACCAAUUCACCAGAGCUGUAUUUUCUAGUGUUGUGAAUUGACUAAAGUAGGAUUUUCCCCAGCUGAGAGACUUCCUCAGGCUUGUUCAGAGACUUCACCUGUAUUGGAUAAGAACAAGGGUUCUUGAGACGGUACAUCUUGUCUGUUGUCCAGAGUCCAAGGAUUUCAGCUCUCCUACGUCCCAAAGCCUCUAUGCCAAGAAGGGACGGGCUUGUCCUCUCAGUCUUUGCCCCUACCCAAAGGCAGAGCUUCCCUCCAUAACUCCCACAACCCUGGAUAUCAAUCUUUGCCCCUACCCAAAGGCAGAGCUUCCCUCCAUAACUCCCACAACCCUGGAUAUCAAUCUUUGCCCCUACCCAAAGGCAGAGCUUCCCCUCCAUAACUCCCACAACCCUGGAGAGGCAGAACAUAGAUGAAGAGAUGGAUGUCCAGGUUUUGGCUCCCAACAACUCAGGACUUCAAAUUUAGGUGUUCCGCCCUGUAACAAUUCCCUUAGGAAUUACACCCAUUUUAGUGAUUGAUAGAAUCCCCAGGUCCAGAGUGGUCAAGGGAUUUGCCUGAUCAAAGCUGUGGUGCUGAUAGAACAGCCCGGAAGCCAGGAGUCCCUGCAGCCUUCACAUCAAGGACAGUGCUUAGGCAUUUGCAGAGUACGCUUUCCUUUUGCCCUCAAAUGCAGCAUAUCUUCAUGAGCCUGUUUCCAAGCUAGGCUGCCUUUAUUAACCAACAACUCAGCCCCAGCCACUCCCCAAGGGGGGAAAAAGACGCUACAUUUCUGGCUCAGUGUACCUCUGGACGCUGCAGCCCACACAGCUGGCUGAGCUUGGUAAAUGGGAACCAAAGUCUUGUGAGCUUCACAUGAUCUGCUCCUUUGUUAUCAGAACAGGGUUCAGGUGGCCCUGUUGACGGAAGCCAGCUCCCUGGGUCACGAGUCUGGCUUUGCACUUUUCCUAAGAAUCUGCUUCUGUACAAACAGGAGACAUGCCCACAUCUGCCAGCUGAACAGGCUCAACUGCAGGGAGAGGCUGCUCUGGCAUGGCUCAGUCUCCCUUCUAUGUAUCUCCCAAGUCUGAUAAGUUUGUUGCCCUGGAAAGCAGGACCUCCCUAAGCUCCUGCGCCUUGACCCCAUUCUGCAGGACAGUCGCGUGCUCUGGGCUCACCUCUGGCCUCACAGCACUUGUGUGAGUGAGUUUGCUUAACAGCAAUAUCCUUGGAAGCGUCUGGACCCAAAGGGAAGCCAAUCCUUCGAGUUUUCCAUCGGGCAAUCUCUUUUGGUGGCUGGUUUUAAAUGUGUAGUUCAUGAAAAGUCUUUAAUUGGAGAUUUUCAAAGGUGAAUAUUCUGUUUUUGUUGGAAACAAACUCAUCUGAUGGGUCAUCAAUGAGCUUGGUUUUCGCCGCUGCCACGUCUUCCCCUGAGGUUCCUUCCAUGCUGUGCCUCCUUCCUUUAGCCAGUGACAGAGCCUGGUGCCCUUGCUGGACUGAAACCGAUGGACUCCUUCCGAGGCGUGUGGCACUCGGCUUGCCUCCUGCCUGAAUUUAUCCAUUUGUAGCAACUUUGUGCUAUAACAGAAGCUUGAAUAAAACCAAGAGUUCUCUUACCAAGUCAGACUGGCUUCCCAAGAUGCCCAUCACAGGACACCUCGCAGGAUCCCGCAGGCCAUGGUGAAGGAGGAUGCUUUAUGUUGAUGUUGAUGUUGUCUAUUCUCUCUCUCUUCUCUUUGCUUUUUUUUUUUUUUUGACCUAAAUAAGCUGCAAACAUGUUAAUUUACCAAUAUUGAUAAACCAGGUGAAGAAAUCGGGCAUUGUACAUUAUGAUGUGCUUGUUCCUGUCUCUGCCUAUAAACGGACGAUGUUGAUGAUGAAGGAGGGAGUUCUGGCUGACCAUUCUGAAGCAGUCCCGGGCACGGACUGACCAGACGUGAGAUAGUUCCAGGUCGCCUCUCGGUUUUCGUGAUAGAGAACCCGAGGAGGCACGGAGAAAAUGUCAAAAUGUCAAAGAACCUAUUUCUAUUUCAUGACCCACAAACGAAAGGACUAGAAAAAAAAUAUUUGAAAUUCACAUUUAGAUGCAUAGGUCUUAAUUCCUUGUCUAAAACUUGUCCUCCUCACCCCCUGCUCCAAAUGUAUGAGGCGGAAGCAUUAGCAGCAGAGCAAAACUAAGAUCUGAAAACAGGCAACGGUGCCAUUGUUUCCCUGGGAGUCCCUCCGUGUCGCGCUGCAGGACGCUGCUGUCCCUCCGUGUCGCACUGCAGGAUGGUGCUGCCUGCUGCCGAGGGCGUGACAGGCUUUCAGUUCCCACCGCGAGCUGCAAACUUUGAUCUUAUUGUCCUUGAAUUCCCCUCUACAUCAUGAGGAAGUUGUCUCUUUCAUCUCUUCCGGAUUGGAAAUCAGAGCACUCUGCCUGUUUAUUCGCCAGUUGCCGUUCUUCACAUGGGGGAGCAUUCGGAUGCCAAUGCAGAGACGUGUCCGUCUUGACGAAGGUGGGAAUCCCUGAGCCGGAGAAGGGGCUCCCGCAUGAGAAGCUGCGAUAAAAAGCCAGGCAUCGCAGCGUGGGGAAUUCGGCAGGCAGGAAUCUGGCCUGGUUUGUCACAAAUUAGCCUUAAACUUGAAGUCUACUAUAUUCUUAUAAGACGGCAGCGGCUUCAGUCCAGCCGCAUCUACCAUCCAGAGUGGAGGUUCAAAAAGUCUUAUACGUACCUACAAGUCUCACGCUUGCUGCUCAGAUUUCUGACAAAAUCUCAGAGUUCUGUUUGUAUUGACAAAAAAUGCAGUUGUGCUCACUUGGGUGUGCAUCUCAUGUCCUUGCAAACCAGCUACCUUCUUUGGAUCGAAGGCAAGGCUGGCAAGUCUGCGAAUUUGUUCAGUGCAAACACAGCCGCCUAUAUCAUUGGCCACUGCUGAUUAUAUUGAGUGUUUCUAGGUUUUUUAGGUUUCUUAUUCCAAAAAGGCUUUUAGACUGUAAAAUGACUAAAGAUGAGUCAAUUUCCAGACUAAAAACAAAGGAGUCCUGCCUUUACUCAUUGUUCUUUCCUGCUGGACUAGUAACCCGCUCUUGGAGCACACACAGAGUCCCUCGCUUCUAAAGACAAUACGUCUUAAACCCUGAAACCUUGCCAGUGAGAAAGAGGUUGAAAGUCCUGUUGGCUAUUAGCUGAGGCUAAGCCGUCUGCUGCCGCCGUCCCUGGGGCCUCCAUGCUGCCACCGGGGUGUGUGGCCCAGCUGUGCCCCCACUGGAGGACACUCUUCAGUGCCACCACACGGGAGUCUGGGCGGGGAGGAAAGGCACACAGCCCACUUUUCUCUGCACCAAAUGAAACCAAGCUGGGUGUUCAGUGCCACUGAUGCAAGUAAAUGGGUCUCAGAUUUUGGGGGGGCUGGGGGGCAGGCGGUAGACAUAGUGUUUCUUUGGAUUCUAAUAUCUCUUUUUCCACCUCCAGAAAGUAUCUGUCAACAUUGGUGGGUAACAGCUCAUAGAGUGCAUCGCUUAGCAAUCUUCCUGACAAAAUGACACAUUUUACAAUUACAGGCUGUUCAUUAUUUCCAUCACAAUGCAAGCAUAAUUCUAAUCCAGGAGAAGCUAUUGUCAUUUAAGCUCAUCUUCUGAGAAAAAUGUUUUUCUGAAAAAUCCUAGAAACUAAUUUAUCCCUCCCUAAACAAACACAUUCUGCUUUUGGGUGGCCGGAAGCUGCAGCAACGUCCUAACACUGGACACAGUGGGGCUUGGGGCAGUAUCCAGCCCUCAUUGCAUACAAUUCUUAUUCUCUAAACACAGCUGCUCCCAAGGUCCCCACGUGUGGAGGCGAGUACUGAAGCACCACACUCACACAUCUAUUCCAUGCAUACAUAGAAAUUACCUUCAACACUAAAGAAGCUUCCUUCUUUCAUUCCCUAUCCUGCUAACAGCCCACACUGUCAUAGUUGAUUUAUGAAGAAGUUAAAAUUUAUUUGUGAACUCAGGAUGUUGUUUUACAGCGUUGCGUGUGUUCUCUCAUUUACGUAUGCGUCGCGGUUGGAAAUGUUAUCCACGUGCCGUGCAUCGAGGUGGAGGUUUGCUGGAUCUGUCUGUGGCUAUUUUUUUUCCAUGUUUUUCUCACUCAAGCAAAGUCUGUUAGUGGAGACAUGCGCUGGGGGAUGGGGGGAGGACAGAUAAAUCAAGAGGAUAGGGAUUAGGAUCCAAUCCUCAAUGCACAGGGCUUAGUUCAAAAUCUAAGCUGUUUGUGUAGUAAGUAGCCAAAUGGGAAAGACCCCUUCAUUUUGAAUUUGAUGAGAGUGGGCUUGGAAAUCCACGUCCACCGGCUUGCAUGGGAGAGGAUCCAGCCUCUUCCCACUCGUUCGACAUGAAAUUUCUGAGGAAAGUUCUGACAUUUUUAGUUCCCUACAUUUCCCUAAGACUCCCAUCCAGCCCCUGGUGCUACCGAAGGGGGUUUGGGAAAGCAGCCAGAGUUCCUUAGCUUGGAUAUAUAGAGUACCUGUUUUUCUUCUGGUUUUUUGUUUUUCCUCUGGAAAAACCAAAGCACUUUAGUGAGUCUUACAACCUUGAGGCAUUUUGUCCCCUCACUGGAUCCCCAAGAGGCAGGGAGGGGCUAGGGUCAGUAAUCUCAUUUGAGAGGUAGCUAAACCUAGGAGCAAAGGCCUUGAGCUAGGAGCAAGGACACUGGGCCGGCAGCUUGGUUGUGUUACUAGCUAUGCAACCUUGGGCGAGCCUCUUCACUUUGCUGGGCCUCAGGUUCCCGAGUGGAAGACCAGGGGUGAGAACAGCUGCCCUCCUGGGAGAGCAUAAAGAGAAAGUGGUAUAAGUGAUGGGAAGUGCUUCGACGACUUUAAAGCUCUGUGUAGGAGCUGGGGGUAAUCAUUUACCGAUGAAUAAACUGAAGUCUAGUCAUUGAUUGGCCCGAGUUCACAGAGUGGUUUUAUAGCAAAACGGGGACUUGAGUCCAGCUUGUUGGAUUCUUCCCAUUAGAUCAUAUCGCACCAGGCAUACGUGGACAUGAACAGAUAUCAUUCCUCUAAGGUGUGUGUACAUACACGGAUGUGUGUGUACAUACACGGAUGUGUGUGUACAGGAGAUACCUGACGUGGUGAAAAGGCCAUAGGACAGCAAACCUGAGUUCUCAUCCAGCUUUGCCAGUCGUCCUGUCCGGGAUAUACUUCCUAACUCCUCUGGAACUCAGUUUUCUAACCUGUAAAAGCAAGACAUUGUGCUGGAUGACCUUUGUGGUUCCUUCAAGCUCUGGAUCUCGAAUUCCAUGAUUAGUAAUGUAUGUAUGUAUAUAUAAAUAUGCUUAUCUGUAGAAACGGGCCUGUUUGAAACGUGGAGGCGAGGCCUGCCCAGGUGCAUUUAUCGUGCCAGAAACAGCGAAUUCCUAAAUAAGUUCAUAAAAUCUUAUUUUACAAUUCAAUGGUAGUGCUUAAUGUUAUUGUCUGAAAUCCACUGUUUAACCGGAUGGAAGACUGGUGCCAUUUAAAACAUUAUUAGUUCACAAGUGUGUGCUGUUAAAAUUCUUUAAUAAAACUCAUUUGUUAUAGUCAGAAAUUCAACUCUUCUGUACUUGGGCAGGUCCCAGCAGCCCCUUGGCAGGCUGGUUUUGUGCAUGGGCCUUUGCAAGCUAUAUAAACGUUAGGUGUUGGCUUGAUUAUGAUAAAUAUGAGCAGGCUCCCUGGAGAACAGUCCAGAAAAAAGAGUUAGUUCUCACAAACUGGUGACAUGAGUCCAUUAAGCUGUGUGGCAUUUUCCAGUGUAAAGACAUUGUUUGCUGGCUACGAUCUCUGACUUUCUGUGGCAUAUGAGGUGUAAAAUGUUGUCAAAAAAGAAUCUGGUGUUAAAAUCAAACUAUGGUGGCAUUAAAUGUUCACUUUUAUUCUA